AUCCGCCAGUGAUAAUUACAGCUAAAACACGGUAUUUGGGCACAUUCUCGGGUCACUACACAGAGUAAAUCACAUGUGACUCUAAUGAUUUAGUCUUUGGGUUCGGCGACUUGCGGCAAAGGAAGUAAUUCAACUUGUAAUCUUCGCUUGAUAAUUUCCCUUUCUCAGAUCAGGAGUUGGACACGAAUGAUUGAGGGCUGACCACUGACAGAUUGUAUUGUUAGAUGUCACCAUUAUAGCGUUUAGUUCACACAAAAUACUGAGCUUUCUCACGAAUGGAUUUCACUUUGUGUUGUUAUCGCACAUGAGAGACUAUGGAUUUUGUGAAGAACUCUAUCAGAUGUUUGUUUAUGGGCAUAAAACGUGGGAGGCGAAAAAUCUUGGUUUAUGUCCUAAUUAUCGUCACUAUAUGGCACUUCUAUCUCGCCUGCACUGGACUUAUCUUCGGCAAUGACAUCCAACUUAUGCGAAAACCAGAAAUCGUACGUGCUAAUUCAAGAUUCUCUAGAUUAAGAGGAAGAAUAUUUGGAAAUGGCCCCAAAAAUCGUCACGAGGAGCUAAUGGUUGUAAGUUUUGAAAACGGAAAACUUCAUGAACGUCAAAACUACGCAUAUAAAUCUGUGGAAUUAUAUUCUGAAAUUCUUAAACAAAGAGAUGCAGAAAGAUAUAGUGACGACAGAGAACGUUUUUCAGAUUCAAAUUCCCAGAAAAAUAACACCUAUGCAACAGACAGGAAGAACUCGUGCAAGGAGUUAAAUCUACCGAACACAGACAAGAUUCCUUACGGGACUUGUCAGCCUCAUCAAGCCUCUAUGGAUGCAUGUGAAUUUGCAGAUUCCUUGUUCCGUUAUGACCCUUCCUUGUCUCUCUGUAAGACAAACAACGCUGAGAUUUGUACACUGGAAUCUGAUGCUCAUAAUGGAAGGAAAAUACUUAAAGCCAAGUGCAGUAGUCGAGUUUGUGAAGAGGUCGUAAACAAAAGCGAGAAAAACUCUUUGACUUACGGUGCGUACAUUAUAGAUCCCAAUGAAGGUCUUCUGGAAUUGCUUGGGGAAUUUGAAACUGUCUCAGAGCUGGAGAUUCAACUUCCCCGCAUUGCCUAUUUGACUGCUAGAAAGAAAUUCAACUUUUUAUUCGUAAAAUGCUUCAUGAUGUCGAGCAACAAGAGUCUGGUGUCGCAACUCAUUACAGUUCCCCCGCAGGCGACAAUACAAGAGGCCUUUGAACCGCGACAAAGAAAUAGCAUCAACAUAAAUAUUGUUCUGUUAGAUUCCGUCUCUAGAUCACAUUUUUAUCGUUCUCUCCCCAAAACAAUUGAGAUAUUCAGGAAAUUGGCGGGAAGACGAGACAACCCCCAAGCAAGAGUGUUUGAUUUCGAGUUAUUUCAAGCUGUUCAUGGCCACACCACGCAAAAUGAACACGCGCUGUUCACGGGCCAGCUGCUUCCAUCAAAAGAACAGGACGAACAAGAGCCUUCCGACCCAGUGCGCGCGGAUGUGAUGUUUGGACACUUCAAAAGGGCUGGGUAUCAGACCUUGUGGCAAGAAGACCUCUGCUGGUGGGGAAUGUGGGGAUUAAUGGCCGACUUGGUCGCGGAAGACUGGGAGGACCUACAGAUUAAACUGAGUGAAAACUUUAUCGACAGCACAGGUUUGACGCACUCCAGUUGUGAGGUGUUAGGCUCUUUUGGUCUGGAAACACCAUUCAAUGGACCCGAAGGGGAUCAGAUCUGCUUCAACGGCAAGCUACAACACAGCUAUUUUCUCCAAUAUUUAAUAGACAUAUCGAAUACCAUAGCGUCAUCAAGGAAAUCCCGUCCGCUGUUCUCGUAUACUGCUCUGAAUGUUGGACAUGAUGAAACAGGACGCAGGAUUCAAUCUUUGGAUUCUGACCUGGCUCGCUUUGUUUCUGUCAUGGCAAACACUCAAAAUACCCUUACAAUUGUGUUAGCAGAUCAUGGAAAUACCUACACACAGUACACGUCUGAUGUCCUGGAAGGACGCUUUGAAAUGUUCCAUCCAAGCUUGUUUAUGAUUGUACCAAACAAAGUUGCUAGACUUCUGGGACCAAGCGCCAUGGCUGCGCUUGAAGUCAAUCAACGAAGACUGGUGACCAUGUUCAGCUUACACCAUUCCCUUCUGCUGCUAGCUCGGCCGCUGAAGAGAUUGGUAAAACCUUUUGGGUUAUUUACUGCCAUAUCACCCAAUUUAACAUGCAACGAUAUCGAACUGAGGACACCCAAUUUAUGUGUAUGCAAUGGUUGGGACAGCCCCACCACCAACGACUCCUCAAGGAUUUCUCUUGUGGAGUUCGCCGUCGGUGAACUUAAUAACAUGUUACAAGCUGAAUUCACUGAACCUACAAAUGGAAAGGUACAAGCGUAUUCCAUGUUACGCUCUUGUGAGAGACUACGUCCUGUGAGGUUUCAAAACGUGCGGGAACGCAACUCAAAAUUAGACGGAGGACUGAUCACGAGUUUUGACAUUUACUUACGGUCUGGUGACGUUGUUAAACGUAGAGAAGAUAUAUUCCACGUGGAAGUGAAGCACAAGGAAAUGGCAGAUCAGUACUCAAUGCAGAUGGAGCUUAUUAAUUAUGAUCGACUAACCCUAUUUGGAAAGUACCGAGCAUGCGCAGAUGAAGGGGUUCAUCUAAAACUUUGCAUUUGUUCCCAUAGACGGAAGGAAAAGUUGACAGAACUAGAGAGUGUUCCUUGGUUAGAAUACUCUACAAUUUUGUUAAGUUCCCCAAAAACCAGGAAAGUUGGUGACAACGAUUGUUUGGUCCUGUUAAUGAGAAACCAUAGCCUGGGGCAAAGUGUGGCUUUUGAAAUUGCCAACAUUUGUAAUACAGAUAUAUUUGACUUGAGGAUAUCGGCGAACUUUGAAAAUAUGAAGCUCUCCAGACAAGUUCCAUUUGAAGUAAAAGUUCUGCCUGGAAGCAUUAAAUUCUUGUUAUCGGCCCGGAUAGCGGUUGAUUUCUGGAGCACAUUCAUAGAAGUUGACGUGGAUAUAAAUAACAAAGGAGAAAGUUAUCCAUGAUCAUGAAUGCUGGUUUUGGAAUUUUCUCCCAGAUCAGUUCCUUAAACGAUUUGGAUGAACUGCGAGUGCUAGUAUCGCUCUAUGCUCGAGUAUCACGGGAAUGGCAUUACAAUGCGGCCAUUUUAAUUCCCCAAGAAUAAAGAAUUUCGUCACCCGUCCAAAUUCACGUGGUUAGACAGACAGGGACAGUGUUCUAUUAAAAUCAGUAUCUGAUUAGCCUAGUGAGUGGUUCGAGACAUCUGAAUCAAUCACAGAGCUUAUUGAAGCAAAGCCAAGACAAGCAAUGAACAGUCACGACACUCAGUCCAAACUCGCAAACUCGACAACUGCGUUACGGGCCUACACGUGUUGGAAUUUUCCAAAACCUUUCACACAAAUUGUCUUUGUUCAGAAUGGAUCUCAGGACACGUUCAGUUAACGUCUGUUUGACUUUGCAGCAUUCGUAGUAUUCCCUAAGGUCUUAUUUUAGGACUUACUAUUUCAAAAGUAAUUUUAAUAAAUCACUAACGUACGGUAUUACAUGCGGGGUAAGUGGUUCCUUUAGGAAAUUAUGUAUGGGUGGGUUGGAGAUCUCUGAAUAUUUAAAAUGUGAAGAAAAAUUGACCAAGAUUUUCUAUUUAUGAGACAAAAUCGUGCCUUUGCAUUAAAGGUAAACAUUCAUUCAU